UACUUCGCGUUCAUUAGUUGUGUUGAAGUGCACACAACGUCCGGCACUGUUAAGGGGCUGACCGUACGGGCGCUCAACACUAGUAUUAACCAAUUUUUGAAUAUCCCGUACGCCGAGCCUCCCAUAGGAAACCUCCGGUUCGGGAGACCCUUACCAUUCAAAGCGGCCGUAAAUGCCACUAUAGACGGCACAAAACCGGGAAACUCAUGCUAUCAGACGCCCAAUAAUCCAUACUUAAAACAAAGCGAAGAUUGUUUGGUGUUAAACAUAUGGACACCAAAUACGGUACAAAAUACAAGUGAACCAAAAGCGGUAAUGUUAUGGCUAUACGGGGGUGGACUCAAUGGGGGCACCAUUUUUGGCGCCUACAACGGCUCGUAUUUGGCCUCACAUGAUGUGGUUAUAGUGACCGUCAACUAUAGACUGGGAAAGUAUGGCUUUUUGUACGGCGGAGAUGAGACGGCGCCCGGAAAUGUGGGUCUCUGGGAUCAGGUUCAGGCGCUUAAAUGGGUACGGGAAAACAUCGGGGCGUUUGGUGGCGACAAAUCCAAGAUCACUGUAUUUGGUGAGAGCGCCGGCAGUCGGUCCAUAUCGGCGUUGAUAGUGAGUCCAGUGGCCACCGGUCUGUUCCAGCGGGUGAUCAUGGAGUCGGGCGCUAACCUCCACUUCAAUGGCCGACAGCAGCACACAAUCUCCGAAUCCCUGGCCGAGUCCACACAUAUCGCAAAGACAUUGAACUGUAGUACGAGUGCCGGUAAUGCCGACCAUUGGUUAGACUGUUUACGUAAAGUCCCAGCCAAAGAGUUUCAACGCUUUACAUCUCAGUUUACUUUCCCGUUGGAAGGCACAGAAUUUUUACCUUUAUCGAUACAGCAAGCAUUUAAUCAGUCAAAGUAUAACCAAGAUUUAGAUAUAUUAGCGGGUGUUAACCGUAACGAGGGUUCAUUACUGGCUUAUGGCGGGUUCGGCGAACUGCACCACAACAUCACUGACCAAGUGUUUGACCAAUUGGUCGGUCGGGCAAACGAGUCGUACCACGGAUUAGAUCUGCAAUCAGUCCGCAAACAAUUUCUCAAAGACAAUGACCUCACGAAUCACACGUCAGAUGAGUUAAGGCAAGCGUUUUACGCAUUUUUUGGUGAUCUUCACGUCAAAUGCGGCGGUUAUUUGAUGGCCAAAGAGUACGCCAAACAUCAGGAUAAAAAUAAACACCACGUUUACAUGUAUGAGCUCACCUAUCAGAGUAAAUGGGCCAAAAAUAUGGGUUGCGAUGAGAAGACCAUGGGCAUUUGUCACGGCUCGGAUUUGGAGUUUGUGUGGGGAAAUGCUAUUUGGAUGGAUCCCAAAAGCCAUACCCCACUGGACAUUGAAUUCAGUAAAUACGUGAUGAAAUUGUGGACUAAUUUUGCUAAAACUGGGAAAGCUGAUGAGGAAUGGCCACAAUUGGUGGACAAUAAUGUCAUUCAUAUUAAAGACUUGAAUCCAUUGAACACAACCAAAGUGUUGGUGAAUCCCUUUCACAGCGAUUGCGAUACGUUUUGGACUAAUUAUUAUAAGUUUUAA